GGGCGGUGCAAGCUAGCCGUUUGAGCAUUUUCCUAAAGCUGGUUCCACGAACAAAGGAAUAUUUUAUAUCAUGAAUUUAGGUACGUAAUGUUUUGUUGUUAUGUAAUUUAAAGACACGGUAAGGGCAGUAUAUGUAGUGAGGUAUACGUAAGGAGAUUGAGUCAAACUUGUAUUAAGAGACUACCAUCGAGAAAUCCAAAAGGAGGUGAUCUCAUAACGUAGGUGGUCUCCUUAUAUAGGUUGUUACAUGAGCAGGUUCACCUGUAUACGCUAGGAGGUAUACAUAAGCAGACAGUACAUUGAUGUAGAUAAAAAAUCAAAAUAGAAACCAAACCAGAGCUAGUUCUACGAAAAAGAUUAUCUACCCGAAAUUAUCUGGUUUGUACUCAUGUGACGCUUUUUUGUACAUAUGUAUCAUUGACAUAACUAGUUUGACUUCACUGAUACCCGGUCCCUCGCCAAUGAUGAAACUGCUGGAAGUACGAUAAUGAAAUCAUGACUGCUCUCUUGUACGAAGAAACGCUUAAACAGGAUCUGGGAAAAUUUCCAUCAACCUUUGAUUUUGAUUUGACGAAUCUGACCAAGCACCGUGUACAGAUCACCAUAAGGAAAUUAGAGGAUGACCGGGACAGCACAAGAAAGCUUGAAACUGAAGAUAUACAGAUAAGUAACUUUCUGUCGUAUUUGUAUUUCUUGUUGGAAGACUAUGAGCAUGCGCAUCAAUAUAUUGAUGAGUCUCUACAAAGAGAUCCUGAUAAUAUCAUAGCGAACGUAAAAAGAGCCAGAAUUCUAUUAGAAAAUGGGGAUAUUUCAAAAGUAGAAGAUGCCAUAGCAAAACUUCAGAAAUUGGAGAGACGAGAAGAUUACAACAAGAGGAAACAUAAUGCGGAAGCAGAUCUUGCGUACGCCUACACACGGUCAGGUCCUUGGUACCACCAAAAGGCAAUAUAUCUGUACACCCAGGUUCUGGAGGCAUAUCCUACUGAAUACGCAUGGCAAUAUGGACUUGGUUUGGCUUUACUCAGACAGACGCACAGUUUGAUUUCACAGGAAAACGACAAAUUAACUCCGAGAGAAAACGAGAAGACAACAAUACAUGCUGCUGAGCUGUUUCUGACUGUUGCUACGGAAUCAGAUGAUUCCAAUUUACGUACAAAUGCAUAUGCAAGAUUAGGAAAAGCAGUGUAUAACAUUUCGAGAAACAACUAUACAAACGUGCCUGAUGAAAUUAUGCGUUUAAAGCCUAAAGAAUAUUUUGAAAAAGCGGUAGAGAUUUGUCCUGAGGAACCAUCGGUGUUAGAAAUGUGUGGUCAAUUUGCACGCUACAGAGGGGAACUAGAUACAUCGGAAAAACUCCUACGGAAAUCUCUUCAAAUCAAGCCAACGUGUCAUGCGUAUCACCAUCUUGCCUUGACAUUACAGAGGCGAGUAGAAUGCAAAGGUCCACAUGGAGGUUCACGCUAUGGCUACAGCCAGAAUGAAAAUUGGCGAGAAAAAGGGGCAUCGAGAGAAUGCAUGUCUGACCAGCAGUCAGAAAGGACAAGAAGAAACCUUCGUCAAAUGAUUAAGUCACCGUUGAAAGUCCCUAUUUACCCUGGAAACAAACACCUUUCUGAAGCCAUAGAACUACUGGAGAAAACAGAAGAACUGUCUGAAUAUGCUCUGAAUAUACAGUACGACAAGGGCAUCAUAUAUAGAAUGCUAGGCCAAAUUGAAAAAGCUGUGGAAGUUUUCAAAAACAUAGUCACCAAAAAGAAACAUUAUCCUACCGAAUUUCUGAUGACAAAUGUUUAUGAACAGCUGGGACUGUGUCUGCUAGAAUUGAGUAAAUCCGUAGAUAUCUCUCCAGACAUUCAGCAGAAAUACAAAAAAAGAUGGCAAAGUCCAUCUCCUACAUGCUGUCCAACUCCAAUCGGAGACGGUUGCAAACGAUCCACAGUUCAAAGAAGCAUGGAACGCCUAUCCAACACUCAAAGAGCUCUUCAGCGAUGAACGAAACAAGAAGCCAAAACAAUUGGCAGUUUUGCACAUGCUCAUGGAGGAUCAUAAAGAUUCGAUGUCCAUAUACGAGGAAUUACUUUUGAAGGAGAAAGAUAAAACGAACCAAGAGGAUUAUAUUAACUUGCUUGAAUGCUAUAAGAGAGAUGGACAGUUUGAAAAAUGUGUUGUUGUUUUAAAAUCUUUGGAGUGUACAACUAUUUUUUUGGGUCUUCCUCCGUCUUUGAUCUUUGGUGUGUAUGUAGAUUGCGCGUUUCACGCUUACACAACGGAUAACGCACAGCUUGCGAACCAACACUUUAGACGCGCCUUCAGAGUGUACGGUAAGUUCAAGAUCAAUGAAGACCAAACCAACGUUGACGAAGACGAGGCCACAAAAGACAUACUGAUAUUACACUCUUGUUCCCAUGACUCGGAAUGUAAACUUCCUAGAAAUCUAGGAACCAUUCUAGAAGAUGUAACAGGAUUACGAUACACAAUCAACUCAGACGACGUGCUGCCAAAUGAAUUACUAUUGACAUCAACGGCUUCUAUAAUACAGAAAAUCCCAUGUAUCAUAAUCAUGACCCACGAGUAUGCGGACUCCACGAGUGUGGAUCAAUUAUUUGUCGAUCAAGCUAUCAAGAGCAGUUCCGAACAAAGUGGCCCUCAAGUGUUGGUCGUGACGGACGACGAGUCCAACAUGCCAGAUAUUGCCAGAACAAAGUCGUUUAUCCGGAUGCCUCCUCCGUUAGAGGGCGCUAUGGAACCAACCGAACAGAUACCACAGGAGCAUCAAGAAUGGGUGAAAGAGUUCAUCACUCUUCUGAAACCAAAAUAACUAAUUUGUUUCCAUAUUGCUAUAACUGCCACUAUAUUCGUUUGAGUAUCCUCGUAUAACUGCUAGGGUUAGCCCUUCAUGCAUUGCGGAACUUUUAUUACAAAAUCAUAUAAAGGAGUAAUUAACAAAACAUAAUCAACAAUAGUGUUCAGAGUUUGAAAAUUCAGCCAGCAGGAGCUAAAAUUGUAUUCGAAUCCUAGACUUCAGAUUGUUAUACUGUCCCUCUAACCAACCUAGCUACCUGCUCAACGAAAGUGUUCUGAUCCAACUAUGCUACAGUUUUAUACGACGCGAAAUUUAAGGGAGGUUACUGUACAUACGAACAACCGAGAGUGCAUUGGCACAGAUGUCCUAAGCAUAUUUCAACAACUGAGGAAACAACUGAUCAGUUAAACAUCAGCAGUCAUAACAACAGUGUACACUUUUGUCUUAGUGUUCAGAACAUCGCUGAACAAGUUUGCGUUCAGUCAUUAUUUUAUCACUGUACAGUAUCGCGCGAGCACUCGUUACACCAGCUAAUUGUUUGAAGUUACUGAAGAAUAUGUUCGAUAAAAAUUCUUAUGUAUUCCAAGCCCAUCAAAUUACCAACAAUGAAUAUAAUGAGCCUUGCCUAUGAAAAAUAUUCCAUUUAAAGAAAAGUUUCUACAAUAUAUAUAUAAAGGAACCUCUUCUCUAAAAAGUCAUAUCAAUGUAGAAUAUUGUACAUAAACAACCAUUCAAUACAGUAUGCUU